CACGAGCUACCACGAUGAAAUUCUGCCUGGUAACGUUGACAGCACUGGUUGCGUUCGCAACUGUCAACUGUCACUAUCUUCCAACCUUCGGCGAGGGACCCCUCUACGAGGACAUCCAGUAUUUCAUGGACAUGAUCCCCAUGAAGGAUGUGAUGGCCGUCACUGUUGAAUACGCAGCCCUGGACACCGAGUUCCAGGAGCUUCUGGGGUAUUUCGAGACGGACGAAUUCCACCAGCUGUUGGAAGAGGUUGAAAACAUUCCUGAGUUCCGUGUGUUCGCGAACUAUCUGCAGACCAACGGCGUGUACAUAUACAACGUCCUGAACAAACUGAACCAGCGAGUGGGCAUUCCUCCGUUCCAACCGAUUCUGAUGGCGACCAAGAAGAUCACCGGUGGAUUGAAGGGUUACUUCGAAGACGUUAAAUCGUACGUCGACUACGAUCUCUUCAUUCAUGGCUACGUGUACAAGAUGAGAAACUCCGAGGCCUUCCGCCAUUUCGUGGCGCACUUGAAAUCCCCCAAUCAUCAGAAGUUCAUCGACACGUUGUACCAGAAUGAACUUUACCUGAACUUCCGUCACUCGAUCACCAACAAGGGACUCGACGUAGCCCUGGUCGAGGACAUCAUCUUCACCGUUCUGGGCAUUGAAUUCCCGGAUUUAAGCAGCACCGUGACGAUGUACGACUCGGAACUGUCCAAGGAUAUCAAAGAUUUCGUGGCCCUCAUCGACAAAGAGAAGAUUGUGAAGAUAGUUCUCAGCUACCUGGACGACGAUGAGGUACAGAAGGCGAUGACGUACAUGUACGGCGAGGACUUCCACGAGUUGACGCGCACGGUCGAAGGCCUGAAGGAGUACCAGGACCUGGUAUUGUACCUGCACGACGCUGGCCUGAACAUCUUCGGCUUCCUGCAAAAGGUACACAAUCUGUUCGGUAUGGAGGAUUACGUGCCACCCAAGGUAGGUAACUUCGCCUUCUUCCAAAACGUUUUCGUGAACCGUGGUGGAGUGAAGAAAAUGGUCGACGACGUCAUCGACGCGUUGCCGUUGGACAAAUUCAAGCAACUGUACCAAGUGAAGAUGAAGAAUUCGCCAGCUUUCAGAGACUUGAUCAUGAAGCUCAGGUCUGAGGAUCUCAAGGAGAUCGUUGCCACGAUUUACAAAUCGCCGGUCUUUCUAGAGAUGAGACAGAAGGCUAUCGAUGCUGGCUUGGACCUGGAACCGGUCAGAGUGUUCUUCAAGAAGGUGUUCGACUUCGAGUUCCCCAAAGUGCCGGAUUUCAGCAAAACCAUGACGAUGUACGACACGGAACUGUCCAAGGAUAUCAAAGAUUUCGUGGCCCUCAUCGACAAAGAGAAGAUUGUGAAGAUAGUUCUCAGCUACCUGGACGACGAUGAGGUACAGAAGGCGAUGACGUACAUGUACGGCGAGGACUUCCACGAGUUGACGCGCACGGUCGAAGGCCUGAAGGAGUACCAGGACCUGGUAUUGUACCUGCACGACGCUGGCCUGAACAUCUUCGGCUUCCUGCAGAAGGUACACAAUCUGUUCGGUAUGGAGGAUUACGUGCCACCCAAGGUAGGUAACUUCGCCUUCUUCGAAAACGUUUUCGUGAACCGUGGUGGAGUGAAGAAAAUGGUCGACGACGUCAUCGACGCGUUGCCGUUGGACAAAUUCAAGCAACUGUACCAAGUGAAGAUGAAGAAUUCGCCAGCUUUCAGAGACUUGAUCAUGAAGCUCAGGUCUGAGGAUCUCAAGGAGAUCGUUGCCACGAUUUACAAAUCGCCGGUCUUUCUAGAGAUGAGACAGAAGGCUAUCGAUGCUGGCUUGGACCUGGAACCGGUCAGAGUGUUCUUCAAGAAGGUGUUCGACUUCGAGUUCCCCAAAGUGCCGGAUUUCAGCAAAACCAUGACGAUGUACGACACGGAACUGUCCAAGGAUAUCAAAGAUUUCGUGGCCCUCAUCGACAAAGAGAAGAUUGUGAAGAUAGUUCUCAGCUACCUGGACGACGAUGAGGUACAGAAGGCGAUGACGUACAUGUACGGCGAGGACUUCCACGAGUUGACGCGCACGGUCGAAGGCCUGAAGGAGUACCAGGACCUGGUAUUGUACCUGCACGACGCUGGCCUGAACAUCUUCGGCUUCCUGCAAAAGGUACACAAUCUGUUCGGUAUGGAGGAUUACGUGCCACCCAAGGUAGGUAACUUCGCCUUCUUCCAAAACGUUUUCGUGAACCGUGGUGGAGUGAAGAAAAUGGUCGACGACGUCAUCGACGCGUUGCCGUUGGACAAAUUCAAGCAACUGUACCAAGUGAAGAUGAAGAAUUCGCCAGCUUUCAGAGACUUGAUCAUGAAGCUCAGGUCUGAGGAUCUCAAGGAGAUCGUUGCCACGAUUUACAAAUCGCCGGUCUUUCUAGAGAUGAGACAGAAGGCUAUCGAUGCUGGCUUGGACCUGGAACCGGUCAGAGUGUUCUUCAAGAAGGUGUUCGACUUCGAGUUCCCCCAAGUGCCGGAUUUCAGCAAAACCAUGACGAUGUACGACACGGAACUGUCCAAGGAUAUCAAAGAUUUCGUGGCCCUCAUCGACAAAGAGAAGAUUGUGAAGAUAGUUCUCAGCUACCUGGACGACGAUGAGGUACAGAAGGCGAUGACGUACAUGUACGGCGAGGACUUCCACGAGUUGACGCGCACGGUCGAAGGCCUGAAGGAGUACCAGGACCUGGUAUUGUACCUGCACAACGCUGGCCUGAAUAUCUUCGGCUUCCUGCAGAAGGUACACAAUCUGUUCGGUAUGGAGGAUUACGUGCCACCCAAGGUAGGUAACUUCGCCUUCUUCCAAAACGUUUUCGUGAACCGUGGUGGAGUGAAGAAAAUGGUCGACGACGUCAUCGACGCGUUGCCGUUGGACAAAUUCAAACAACUGUACCAAGUGAAGAUGAAGAAUUCGCCAGCUUUCAGAGACUUGAUCAUGAAGCUCAGGUCUGAGGAUCUCAAGGAGAUCGUUGCCACGAUCUACAAAUCGCCAAUCUUUCUGGAGAUGAGACAGAAGGCGAUCGAUGCUGGUUUGGACCUGGAACCGGUCAGAGUGUUCUUCAAGAAGGUGUUCGACUUCGAGUUCCCCAAAGUGCCUUAAAUACGGGGUUCCGUUAAGAUUUUCCUGCGAUAUUUGUACGAAUAACACUGUAUUAGACUGUUACGAAAUUUCUAUAAGCGAUUUAUUUUACUUAUUAUGAAAUCAAUUUUGUACUUUUUGUGAUAUGUAAAAUUAAACAUUCGGAAUAAACAUUUGU